AUGUACGUAAUGGAGGCGAUGAUCUUUCGUUCAGUGAAAUAAAUAUCGAAUUUUGACUAAUUAUUACCUAAAACUGUGUGUUAUUGUGCGCAAUUGGAUUGCAGUGAUUGAUCUGAAGUAAUUUAUGGAUACCUUAUACAAAAUAAAGUGCAUAAACAACCUCGUUCUGUUACUGAACGGCUGUGGCGACGUAAAAGCCCGUUUGUUUAUGGGAAAAUAACGAGUAAGACAUACCUGGGAGUGUUUGCAAGAGCAAGUUAAUGGUUUGGAGAGGACACUUGCACUGUGGACCAGCAAAUGAAGGUAUGGCUUCUGAUCAACCCGUGAAGAAGAAACAGCGAAUCGAUGCUCCUGAUAUCGACGAAGGCAGCGACAAGUCCGCUGAGGAUGUGCUCACGGAGAUAUUUGACUCGGAGACUCCCGCCGAAACGUCGGAAGAGUUUCCCACACGCAACGGCGGAUCACCAGACAGCGGGACAGUGAGUGAGGAUGCAGUUGACUGCUCGGCCAUCUUGAGGCUACCUAACGAUUCCAGCAUAGACAUAAUACCCUCCUGCUCAAAUUCCACACCGCAUUGGAAUUCUCAGGAUGACAAGCUGCUAUCCGAGCUCAGGGUACUCCAAGAUGCUCUUGUUGGACAAUGUUUGUGUAGUUUUGAUGAGAACACAGUUAUUCAACUUUUUGAUAGACAACUCAAUAUAGUUUCUUGGCCGUUGACUUGUUCGUUAACAUAUUUAUCCACAAUGCAGCUGAUGUUCGAUAUUUAUUUGAAACAAAACAGUACUGGUACUAUUUGCUCAAAGGUAAUGCAGGCGUGUGAUAUUUUCGUCAGGAACAGGCAUGAUUGGAUUACCGAAGUUGUUGAAUUGGCUGAUCAUAAGAGUAAGAUAGUUACUUUUGUUGCGAGCAGAGUUCUCGCCAGCUUUCUAAUUGUUUCAAAGGAUACAGUAGAUGAGAACUGGCUGCAGCAAAUAGCUGAGAAUAUUUACCUGUUUGAUAGAAUCAACAGGAUAACAGUACAAAAGAUAAAUUUCAGUCUUGACAUAAUCAAGAGGAUAGUUGAAUGGAAGGAUGUUGAGCAACAUCCUCUAGAAGACAGUAAUUACAUAAACUCAGCUGGAACCUUGCAGGUCCAAGAAGAUAACCCUUUCAGGAGUAGUGUGGGAUACGGCACGAGCAGCAGUAGUUCAGAAUUGCCGUCCUCAACCACACAGAGUAAUAACUUACACAAUGCCUUUUCUAAUUUGCAAACGCAUAAUGCCCCUUCCACUUCAUCAACAUCAUCAGAUGAUAAACCAACAGAAGAGAGGCCAACAACAUUCAAAUUGCAUGAGCCAGUAUUGAAAUUGCACUCUGAACCGCCUACAAAUGACUUGGAGGAGUCAAUAUCCCCUGAACCACCACAGUCGAGGAUAGAAAGGGUAAAUGAAAAUGGUUGUGUCACUGUAAUCCUCACCGAUUCAGAAUCCUUUGACACAUCGCACAUAAAAUGCCUAACAAUUAAAACGUUAGAACACCAUUGGCCAGUCCUGGUGAAAAACAUGAAACUGCUACUCCUGAGGUACCUGAAUUUAGCAAAUGCUGAAAACUGUAUACUUACAUUUUUCUCUCUGUGGGAGAACAUAAUUAGUGUGAAAGCGAAUCUCUCCGUUAUAGACACGAAACCUUUCUAUGCUGACUUGCAAGGUUUUGUGGACUUACUACGAAAUACAAUGCUGCCAAGUCUCAUUUAUACUCAUUUGCUUAGUUUAUUCAAUGAAGUUUUAUGUUAUGGUUCCACUUUGGCUUUACAAGAUAUCUUGCCUGAGGAGAUUUGCUGUCUAGCUCACUCUAUAGUAAGAUUUGUCAAGGAUUUUAGGCUGCUAAACGAUGUGCGAGUACAAAACAGCAGAAGUGGCCUUGGUUUCUUAGGUCCCGAAUGCACAGUAAUCUGUAACUAUUCUUUAGGGCCUGCAGUAAGCCCAUUGUCCACCACAAUUCAAUUGGUCGAUCAAAGUUACGGAGAGGACGAAAAUGAUCAUUCAAAUCACACAAGAAGUGAAGUGGACAAGACAAUGUUGCAAAGAAUGUCUCUGCUAGUACUCAAGUCGGUUGCUGUAACUGUGAAAGAAAUGCGUUGCGAUUCCUCUGACAGUUCUAUUGAUUCGUCAGAUUAUAACGCGAUACAAGACAUGCAGAUCGUGGAGCGAUCCAUCAGAGAUGUGUUGAAAAAGCUUGAUGUUUUUAUUAGAAACAGCCUAGAGUUCCACCCAGAAACACCAUUUACAAAAAUGUUAAUACAUCUUUUCAGUGAACAGGAUGACUAUCUUAUUGAAUCCAUGGUAUGCACACUGGACAUAACCGUUGGUAUUGUAUACAGAAAUUCUAUGUAUCCAGACCUCAUUCCCAUGUUGAAUCCAAUUGCUUCAUUUAUAGAAUUCCUAAAAGUGGUUUCCCAUGACAGUGAUGUCUUGCUGGAUUACCUGGUGAGUAACGAAACAUGCUUUUUGCUAUAUUUGCUCAGAUUUUUAAAGUACGUGAGGAGGAACUGGCCUAAAUUCCUUGAAACGUGCCAGCAAACUGAUCUAGGUGGCUCAAGAGGACUUGAUGACACAAUGAGAGUGUUGAUUCGACUACGAUUACAAAUCAGCAGACUGGUAUCAAAGUCUCUUUUCCCGUACAAUAUUGGGCCAGUCCUAAGAUUGCUGGAAGUAUGUGAGAGCUUGUAUGAAGGCAAUGAAUUUAGCUGAAGUUAAAAUGUUAUAGAUGCUAGACAAUACCAUGAUUUGCCAUAAAUGGCAAUGCCAGAUUUAGUAUGGAAAGUGGCGUCUUUUUUUUUUCGCGCGGCCAUCGACCAAACUUUGUUUUUUGAUUACAAAAUAGUGUAAUAAACCAAACUUAAUAUGGCAUGUAUACCUCUAAACUCAGUCUGAACUGAGUUACGAGCAUUAGAAGUUUGAUGAUUUUCAUACUAGAUUUGCUUUUUGUGCGCAA